UUCUCUUUUCCCUUUCAAAAUCUUUUUAACUUAUGGCAAGAGAAGUAACAUAAUAAUUACUUUUAUCAUGCAAUUGAUAAAUUAUAUUUUAAAUUUGUUUUUCAAAUAAUUUUAUUUUAAUAGGUUCAAAAUUUUUAAUUAAAUAAAAAAUUUAUUUUAACAAAAAUUAAACUUGGUUAAAAAGGUUUACAUCUCAUUUGGAAAUUAUAAUUAAAGAAAUUCGUAAACCACACGCUACGAAUUUAUUGUAGCAUAUUUUGUCCCUACUGCUUGGUGUAAUACAAUAUGAAAUUAUUAAGAAAGAAAAUGUCAAAUGACCAAAGUCAAAAUGCUUGUUUGAAAAUGUUUUAUUUUUAAACGAAAAAAACUGUUUUUUUUACCUAAAAACAUAAGAAAUGCAUUGAGAACUUUUAAAUGUACAGGUGCAUACUAAUAAGGCAAAUUUGAGUGGGAAACAAAAUUUUAUUACUGAAAAUAUUUAAAAGUUAUUUCCAAAAUAUAUUUUGAAAAUGUUUGGCAACAGGCCAAAGCAUCUGUCACCUGUGAGAGUGAGACAGUGACAUCUGAUGGUUGUCAAAAAUACAACCACAAAGAAGUGGUGGUAAUGGGCUUUGUCAGCUCCGUUUCUCAUUGAGGCUUUGACUGUGGGCUCUGCGUUACGUCGAUAACAACUACACGAGAAAAAAACAGAGGGUUAUGAAAUCUGGCCUUCGGUUACUUCGUCUUCACCUUAUCCAAACCUAAGUUUUUGUGGAUUCGGAUAAUGUUUCUGGAGAUUUCUUUAAUAUUGAGAAUGUCAAAAAAAUAAUAAAAAUAUCGCACAAGGGUAUUUUGGUAACUCCGCCAGCCAAGCCACAACGACCAAAAAGGGAGCAGGACUCAACUCUGGUUAACCUACCAAAAUUAUCGCUUUAUAUCGACAGAAACAGAAGGGAACUCGCCUAAAGAGAAGAAAAAGAGAUCGAACUCGCUAGGGUUUGAAUCACGAUGGCAUCUUUCGUGGCUUUAUGCGCGCCAUCGCAUGGAUCACAGGGCUCCAUCCUGUCUUCGUCCUUCUCGAUAAGAUCCGGUGCCUUGUGCGACGUAUCUCGCCCCCUGCGAAGUCCAAAGAAGGUGAAUUUAUGCGUGAAAGCGAUGGGGGUGGUGAAGUUCAAAGGGACGCAGAUGAGAGAGAAGCAGCUGACGGAGUUGAUCGAGAAGAAGGUACUGGAAGCGAAGCAGGUGUGUGAGGGAGACGAGACCUCCGACGAGUGUAAGGUGGCUUGGGACGAAGUGGAAGAGGUCAGCCAGGCCAAGGCGGAUCUCCGGCGGAAGAUGGAGAAAGAAGAUCCCUUGGAGUCGUAUUGCCAGGAGAAUCCGGAGAAUGAGGAGUGUCGAAUCUACGAAGAUUAAGCUUCGAACCUAGGGUUUACUACUGGAUUUGGAAUGGACUGUGUGUGUUUAUUGUAUCAUUGCAUGUAAAAUUAUCAUGAUGAUAUUCCUGUAAUAUGAUCAUCGCAACUCUAUGCUAAUUGCUGUGAAAAUGAUUUUUCAGGUAGCUCAA